AUGAGUGGCUCUGGCAAACUCCCCAACAUCGCUACUGACGCUGUUCUUAAACAGUCGGUGCCAAUCCCGGACGACUUUGAAAAAGUCCAGGGUAUGGACUUUUCCCAGGACUAUGCCUACAACUCCAGAGCCACCGACUUGAUCGCUUCCAUGCGUAACAUGGGAUUCCAAGCGCUGUCUGUGGCGUCUGCCUGCGACAUUAUCAACGAAAUGAAUUCAUGGAGAGGGAAGUUUAAGGAUGAGUUGCCUGAACAUGAGCGUGGAGGUGAGUUUGACGACGAAGGUCGCCAGAAGGCUACAAUCUUCAUGGGAUUCACCUCUAACUUGAUUUCCUCGGGACUCAGAGAAACCUUGAGAUACUUGGUCCAACACAAGAAAGUGUCGGCGAUUGUGGCCUCCGCUGGUGGUGUAGAGGAGGAUUUGAUCAAGUGCUUGGCUCCAACUUACAUGGGCGACUUUGCAUUGCCAGGCAGGUCCUUGAGAGACCAAGGGCUUAACAGAAUUGGCAAUUUGCUAGUUCCGAACGAUAAUUAUUGUAAGUUUGAGGAGUGGAUAGUGCCUGUUUUGGACAAAGUUUUGCAAGAGCAGGAGGAGGCCAUGGAGAAGUUGGGUAAAGAUGGGUUGAACGCAGACUCUGCUGCCAUCUGGACUCCUUCCAAGUUGAUCGACCGUCUUGGUAAAGAGAUAAACGAUGAGCUGUCUGUGUUGUACUGGGCCCACAAAAACAAGAUCCCUAUCUUCUGUCCCGCCAUUACUGAUGGCUCCAUUGGAGACAUGUUGUUUUUCCACACCUUCAAGGCAAGCCCGCAACAAUUGCGUUUGGACAUUGUUGCUGACAUUCGUAAGAUCAACUCCAUGUCCAUGGAAGCCUCUCGCGCCGGUAUGCUUAUUUUGGGUGGUGGUUUGGUCAAGCACCAUAUCUGUAAUGCUUGUCUCAUGAGAAACGGUGCAGACUGGGCAGUUUACAUCAACACGGGACAAGAAUUCGAUGGUUCUGACGCUGGUGCCAGACCAGACGAGGCGAUCAGCUGGGGUAAAAUCAAGGCUGAGGCCAAACUGGUAAAGGUCUACGCUGAUGUGACUGUGGUGUGGCCGUUGAUUGUGGCUGCGACUUUUGCAGCCAAGAGACCAUAA